AUCGUGACCUGAGUCGAAGUUAGACACUUAACCGACUGAGCCACCCAGGCACCCCGUAAAUACCAUGCAGUUUUAAAAGAUGGUUUGAUAUAUACCAGUCUGGUUGAAGCAUUGAAGUGGAGGGGUGCUGGUUGGAGGGGCACAGAUUUUUAAGUCAUUGACAGUGUCAUGGUAGUUCCAAGGUACUUUCGUGUCAAUCCCUGAUAAAAGUAGUCCAUGUAUUCUCUAAGGUAGAAAUCAUUUAAAACAUAUGGCAGACAUAUGCAGACUUUUUGGCUUUGGAUCAUUUUACACCUUUAAAAAUUGAGGAUCCCAAAGCAGUUUUGUUUGUAUGUGUAUUUACCAUGUAAAACUGAGACAUUUAAAAAAUACCAUUCACUUAAAAAUAACAGUAAUAAACACAUUACGUAGUAACAUAAGUCACACUGUUUUAAGGAAAAAUAACCAUUUUAUAAACUAAAGAAAAACUAGUGAGAGUGACACUGUGUUAUAUUUGUGCAAAUCUCUUCAUUGCUUUGAUGAAUAGAAGACUGUAGAUUCUCGUAUCUACUUAUGUAAUCAUUCUGUUGUGAUCUAAUGUUUUGAUUGCAGUAUGUGAGUGAGGAACAUCUUGUAUUAUACAUAUGCAUAGUUGGAAAAAAGAAGGAUUUUUAAAUAGACUUUUUAGAUAAUUAUGGAUAUUCUUCUUUGAUACGACACCAUUACUUAGCAAGUGCUAGUUUCUUUAGAUUUGUUACAGUGUGGACUUUAAAAGGAUACCAGUGAACUUUUUGUAUUCUGUUCCAAUAAAUUUCAUUGACUUAUCCUAUGCUGUGAAUGGAUCUUUCACCCAGCAUGAUUUCCUGACCACAUCUGUCGGUCAUUUGGAAAAUACUGGCUUACUAAGUUAUACAGAUCUAUUGAGAAAUAAUAUCUUUCCCCAGAAUUCUAGAUUAAUGUUUACAAAAUAAUUUGAGAACAUUUAUAAGAUGAACAUUAUAGAAUGUGUAAAAUAGACUGAGUGCUGCUGUGGUGCUGGGUAAGUGUCUCACCUAAUUGGAUCUCAUUUUCUUUAUCUGAAAAUAAGGUAAUGAUUUCCUGAUGAGUGGAUUGCGACUCUUGUCAAUCGUGUUCCUCAAAUACUUAAGUACUACAUAACAAUUGAUGAUUUCAGUCCCCUGUACAAUCAGUUUCCCUGUUUUCUCUGUUGGAGUUUUAAGUUAAGGGUACUUAAGUACAAGCAAAGAAACUCAAAGAAGUCCUUUUCUUUGCUAAAGAAAUUUGACAUUCAUCUGGAAACUCUCUCUUAGCCCAGUAAUUGUGUAAGUGACUGCAUUGGAACCGGAUGUCCAGUGUGUUACACCCCAGCCUGGAUACAAGAUGUGAAGAUAAAUAGACAGUUGGACAGCAUGAUCCAGCUUUGUAGUAAGCUCCGGAAUUUGCUGCAUGACAAUAAGCUAUCAGAUUUGAAAGAAGACACAUCUAGGCAAAAUGUAUUCAAUGAUGCAGAAAAUAAGAAGAAUUCAAUAAAAAUGUGGUUUAGUCCUCGAAGUAAGAAGGUCAGAUAUGUUGUGACUAAAGUUUCAGUGCAAACCCAGCCUCAAGUGAUCAAUGAUGGGAAUGCUCAGCAGGCCUCAGUGUACAAAUUUGUCUCUACAAGUCCUCCAACAAGUGUUCCUGAGAGGGCUAAAAAGGCUUCCACGAGGUCCGGAAAAAAACAGAAAAAGAAAACUUUAGCUGAAAUCAACCAAGAAUGGAAUUUCGAGGCAGAAAAAGAAGAUGGUGAACCUGACUCCAAAGAGGAAUUUAAGGAAAAGCUGGUGUCUUUCUGUAGCCAGCCAUCUGUUAUCGCUAGUCCUCAGACAAAUGGUGACAUAGACUUACUAGCAAGUGACUCUGUAACCGAAUCGGAGUGUUCUAGAAGCUUAACUGAAGUCUCUUUACCAUUGGCUGAGCAAAUAGAGUCUCCAGAAACAGAGAGCAGGAAUGAAGACACGACUCCCGAGAAGAAUGCUUGUGUGAAUCAUCUUACAUCUAAGCAGCCCUUGCCAUCAGGUCAUAAUGGGCGACCUGGACGUCGCAGCAGACGGUCCAGUCCCAUUUCUAAGAGAUGCAGAAGCAGCAUUCCUGGCACGAGUGGGCAGCAAAUGCUGCUUUCAGAAAACAAACCACUGCCUGGCUGCUCUUCACCACCUCCAAGCAAACGUAAAGUUGGUGACACAUUAAGGAGGAAAAACAGUAAUAUAUCAGAUGAAUCCAUGAGCCUUUCACCAGGUACACCACCUUCUACACUGAAUAGUCCAAGUUACAGACGGAUGAUGUUCAGCCCUUCAGCAAUGAAGCUGUCUCCCGGUAGCCUUACAGCUGUGAAAAGAAAUCAUAGAGGAGAGACUUUGCUUCAUAUUGCUUCAAUUAAGGGCGACCUACCUUCUGUGGAAUACCUCUUACAAAAUGGAAGUGACCCAAAUGUUAAAGACCAUGCUGGAUGGACACCAUUGCACGAAGCCUGCAACCAUGGGCACCUGAAGGUGGUGGAAUUGUUGCUACAGCACAAGGCGUUGGUGAACUCCACUGGGUAUCAGAAUGAUUCACCACUUCAUGACGCUGCCAAGAAUGGGCACAUGGAUAUAGUCAAGCUCUUACUUUCUUAUGGAGCCUCCAGGAACGCCGUGAACAUAUUUGGUUUGCGGCCUGUGGAUUAUGCAGACGGUGAAAAUAUGAAGUCACUAUUGCUGCUACCAGAGGAGAGUGAAUCCUCAUCAACUCGCCAUUGCUCAGUAACAAACACUGGUCAGCGUAGGGAUGGACCUCUCGUGCUUAUAGGCAGUGGGCUUUCUUCAGAACAGCAAAAAAUGCUCAGUGAGCUUGCAGUGAUUCUUAAGGCUAAAAAAUGUGCUGAAUUCGACAGUACAGUAACUCAUGUCAUUGUUCCUGGAGAUACAGUUCAAAGUACCCUAAAAUGUAUGCUUGGGAUUCUCAAUGGAUGUUGGAUCUUAAAAUUUGAAUGGGUGAAAGCAUGUCUACAAAGAAAAGCAUGUGAACAGGAGGAAAAGUAUGAGAUUCCUGAAGGACCACAGAGAAGCAGGCUCAACAAAGAACAGCUGUUGCCAAAGCUGUUUGAUGGCUGCUACUUCUAUUUUGGGGGAGCCUUCAAACACCAUCCAAAGGACAACCUUGUUAAGCUUGUCACUGCAGCUGGGGGCCAGGUUCUCAGUAGAAAGCCCAAGCCGGACAGCGACGUGACUCAGACCAUCAAUACUGUCGCGUACCAUGCGAAAGCUGACUCCGAUCAGCGCUUCUGCACGCAGUAUAUCAUCUAUGAGGAUCUGUCUAACCAUCGCCCAGAGAGGGUGCGGCAGGGCAAAGUCUGGAUGGCUUCUUCCAGCUGGUUUAUAGAUUGUGUGAUGUCCUUUGCGUUGCUCCCUCUUGACAGCUAAAUAUCGCACCGGAUUAAUGUUUCAAAUUGAACUUACACAGUGUGAGAACCAGCCAUUGCACUGUUUUCAUCAUAUACAUGUUUACAAAUAGGUAGACUCAUUCAUGCACGUUUUUUCCUUGAAUUAAAAAAGAAAAAAAAAGCUUAGGCCAGAUUAGGAAUUCAUUCUGUGUUUGCCAUUUAGAUGCUGAGAUUGCUUUGAAGGAUGUUUCUUUUUAAAACUGGUGUAUGUUUUGAUUCAUCAUGUCUUUUUAUUCAGAUUAUCAGCUAUUAAAGAUUAAGAAGAGAGUUUCAGAACUAUGGGUUAAAUAUACAAGUAGUAUCAUUAUCAUCUCAGCCUUUUAAUGUUCUUUGAUGAAAAAAAUCCACACUUGCUGCCACCAGCAAAAAUACUUCCCAUCCUUUGGUGAACAAGGAAUAUUGUUAAAUAAUUGAUUCUGGCUUUAUUGUAAUGAAAGUAGAGUACCUGGUCCGAAUGUACCACCACAGGUAUUAAAUUCUUCUGUCUACAAUUGUCGUCAUCUUACGUUGUGUUUAGUUUUUUAUAAUGUACGUGGAUGUCAGUUCCUACAUUUUUAUCCCUUUUUAUCUAUUCAUCAAGAAAUCAUGACUUAAACCAUAACAUUAUUCUUUGGUGGUGAAAACAUUGGGCUUAUGGUACAUAUUUUUAUUGUAUAUGCUUGCUUAUUGUUAGCUAUCACUUUGUAACUGUGUUUCUCUACAGUAUAUGUAUGUAUAGAUACACUUAGAGUAUAUGAAUGUAUAUAUACAUAUAUAUAAAUACAUAUACACACUUAGAGCAUUUUCUUUAACACAUUUUAGUAUCAAUAUUGCUUAGAAGGUCUUACUAGACUAGCAAAUUGUCAAUCAAAUAUUAACAAAUUAGGAACCAGUCUUUCUCUGGUAGACCUUGCUAUAUAUGCUAAAAUAAUUGUUUUUGAAGGUCUUAAUUUCUUUUUUUGUAAAGUUUUUUUUUUUUUUCCACUUUAGAUUGCUGUGGAGGCAGAAGUUGGGGAUUACUUGAUUUAGAACAGAUUUUUGUCCAUGUGAUACAUAAGGCUCUAACAGUAAGUCUAAGGGUAGGAGUGGGAAGGACUUACUUCUAAUACCAAGACAGUUAAGGUUUGAUGAGAAGAGUGGACAGGACACCACCUGAGAAUGGGAGGCCUGGGGGAGGUUCCUCUGACGGAAGUGUUCUCAUUUGUGAAUGAAUCGACAAGGUAAAUGAGAUCAUUUAAAAAUAUUCUUUAAGAAGCAGAAUUCUUGAGUAAGUCUCCCUAGAAAUUGAAUCUAGUGCUAAUAUUAAAGACAUAGGAAGGGAGACACUGUGGGCCCGGCCAGGUUUGGUCCCUGGUGGGCUAGAGAACAGUUUAAGUCCUGGAUGAGAAUACUGAGAGUGUGAAGUUAAUAAACCUAUUAAAGUUCAUUUAUUUGUAAGUUUGAGAUUCUGCGGAUUAUUUAAAAAUAAAUUUUACUGUAAUUCCUCUUUUGACAUGUUACUUUUCCAUAUCAAGAAAUACAUUAUGUAAAUGCAGUGAUAAACUGUGGACCCUGACCUUUAAGGAUGAAUCGGCUCUGAAAAAGCUCUCCAACCAGUAAUGUAUUUGUCCCACAUUUCAUCCUAAUGGAGAAUGAUGAACACCAUAGCACCAAACAAAUCUGAGGGGUUAGAUAAUGUCUGGAUUACAUAAUUUAAGACUCUCUGGGAUUUGGGUUGUCAUUUUUGACUUAUAACUGACUUUUAGUCAUUUUCUAUUGCCUCAUUGGUCACAUUUCCUAGACAGGUUUGUGUGUGUUCCUCUGAUUCGAAUCCCUGUUUGUGAAACAACUUUGACGGUUGCUGCUCACUCUCCUUCAGUCAUUUUCUGGGUUUAUCCUCCCUCUCCCUUCGUUCUACUGUAAGCAGUUGUUUUGUAGUUUUUCUUUGGUUUCUUUAAAUAUAUUUUGACAGCAGUUGGUUGAUGUUAAGCUGUUAAAUCUUGUGAUUUCCGUAUAGAUACACUUGUAACUGUUUCCAUUUUUUGAUCAUAGAUUCCAGCUUCUUUUUUAUUUACUACAAAUCAUUAAAGUUACUUGUGUUUCUGUG